CGUGUGUAUGGCUGCCCCGGCCUCUGCUUUUCCGUUAGGGGAGGGCGUUGCCACGUGGAUUGAGUUUCACUCCCAACCUGAAAAUGAAAGGCCAUGUUUGAGGCUCCCGAGGGCCCCCGGGCUGAGAGUGUGCCGGGGGGUGACUCACCGCUGACCUGGCUGCUGGACUCGCAGGGAGAUGUUCUCUUCCAGAUGGCCGAAGUCCACAGGCAGAUCCAGAACCAGCUGGAAGAAAUGCUGAAGUCCUUUCACAAUGAGCUGCUCACACAGCUGGAGCAGAAGGUGGAGCUGGACUCCAGGUACCUGAGUGCCGCGCUGAAGAAGUACCAGACGGAGCAGAGGAGCAAAGGGGACGCGCUGGACAAGUGCCAGGCCGAGCUGAAGAAGCUGCGUAAGAAGAGCCAGGGCAGCAAAAACCCCCAGAAGUACUCGGACAAGGAGCUGCAGGUAGGACCCCGCCCGUCCGCGGGCGCUGGGCUCCAGCUGGAGCGACAGUGGGGCGCUCGAAAGCUCUCCACCGAAAGAGCAGAGACCCACGUGGCCUGUACCCGCCCCCUCGCGCUCCGGCCUCGGCGGUGACCCCAGACUGUUUUAAUCACUGCCUGCCCGUCCGCCUGGGCCCAGGCCUCUGGGCAUGCAGCCUCUCAGCUGCCCUGCCGUGCGGGGCAGAUGGCACUGGAGGGCGAGGGAGGGCAGCCUGUGUCCUGUCUCAGCUUCCCGCCCAGCGUCGGGCGUUGUGCGCCAAGUGGGGCAAGGAUUCAGGACAGCGGGACCCCUGAUGGGCACGACCCCAUACACUUGACU